GAUCGAGCAAUUUUAAGACACAGAGCAGCGAGAUUGACCCGUCAACUUCAAAGAGGGAUACUUGAUAAUGAUAUUGACAAACGUACAGCAUUUUUAAAAGAUUAUUAUUACUACAAUAAAUAUCCUAAAAAAAUUAAUGAUGAAAAUAUAAAAGUAAAUCCUCGAAGCACUCCAACAAAAAAUCCAAAAAUAUGCAUUAUUGGCGCAGGAAUGGCUGGCUUGUUUUCAUCCCUUCUUUUGAAAAAAGCCGGUAUCAAUGAUAUCACUAUUCUUGAAUAUCAAGAUCGUGUUGGUGGACGUGUCCAUACUCAUUACUUUACUGAUAAUCCUAAUGAUGAAAGACGUUUAUAUGCAGAGCUUGGUGCAAUGAGAUUACCUUAUGUUCAAGAUCGACCGGAUCUUAGUCCACAUCAACUUGUCUUUGAUACAAUUGAUUAUAUGAAUGAAUAUAAUGAGAAGGAUGAUCCAGAUAGAAAAAUCAAUCUCAUUCCUUUUAUUUUUAAUAAUCCAAAUGCUUUGUAUUACUUCAACAAUAAAAAAACCCCAUCUGGUGAAAUUAUGACCAGCAAUUACUCUGAAAGCGCUGACGCGAAACAACUAGGAUUACCUGAUGAAAUUCCAUAUAAUUAUCUUAGUCUUUGGAGUGAUGCAGUACAACCUUUUUAUGACGAAUUGGAUUCGAAUUUCACAAAUGGUCUUAUAAAUUUAAAACGUUACGAUAACUAUACUACUUAUUCUUAUUUAAAAGAAAUUUAUCUUCCCAAAGUGUUACCAGACAAAUCUGAUGACUAUGAUGAAAUUAUUAGUGCUAUUGAACUGCAAGAAGCAGGAACGGGUGAAUAUCAUUUAUAUAGUUUUCCUAAUUGUGUCGUUGAGGCGUAUACCUUUAGCAAUCCUAAAUAUGAGAUAAGCUGGAAAACCAUUGAUAAAGGAUUGCAACGACUUCCUAAUGCUUUCUUGCCAAUGAUCAAAAAGGAAAAUAUUAAUCUGACAUAUAAUAGUGAAGUUUAUAAGCUGGAAAAAACAAACGAUAAUAAAGUUGAAGUGUAUUGGAAAAAUGAUGGAAGAAGUGUCUCCGAAAUUUUUGAUCAAGUAAUUGUCACUGUUCCUUUAGGUCUUUUCAAAUCACGUUUUUGGGAAAAAUCUCCUUCUGAAACUGGUUCUAAUCCUACAACUUCUAAUGUUGGAAUUGUUGGUGGUAUCACUCACACUGACCUUCCUAUUCGUAUUUUGGUCUAUCCUUCAUAUUAUCGAAAUAUAUCUGUCGAUAAUCCUGCAGUCCUUUUAGCAUCUUAUACAUGGGGUAAUGAUGCGGCAAAAUAUGCUCAAUACAGUGAUGAAGAAAAAUUUGAACUCACUCUAAAAGAUUUAGCAACUAUUCAUGGUGAUAUUGUAUAUAAAGAAUGGAUUCCAGGUAAAGAAAAUAAUAAGGCACAGUAUUGGCCAACUGAUAGAACUUCCGGAGGUGCUUAUUCAGAUUACAGUGUCGCACAACUAGGUUCAUUAAUGGUUUCCAUGAUGAGACCGGAGGAAUCUAUUCAUUGGGCUGGAGAGCAUACUGAUAUACACUGUGCUUGGAUUGUUGCAGCUUUAAAUUCUGGAGUUAGAGUAGUCAAAGAAAUACUACUCGAAAAUUUAAUGGGGGAUAAAUGGUCUGAAAUAAAGAAUAUGAAAUUAUUAAAAUAUUGGAAUGGAAAUCUUGAGGCUUUUGAAGGCUAUUGA